AUGGCGGCCUGCGUUGUAGGGGGCUGCGGGGUCCCAGUGGGCCUGGCCCGGCGCUUCCAAGCCGCCAGGACACUACUCCGUGCGUCGGCCUCUGUCGCCUGCCGGGUAGGCGCGGCGCCGGGCCGUCAGCAGAGCACGGGGCCUUCCGAGCCUGGCGCGUUCCAGCCGCCGUCGAAACCGGUCAUCGUGGACAAGCGCCACCCCUCGCGGGCCCCGGAAAGGAGCAGUGAAAUUGUAACAAUAUGUUUUCUUUCCUUUUUAGGUAUUGAGAUUUGCUUUGAACUUUAUAAUCCUCGAAUCCAGGAGAUCCAAGUGGUCAAAUUAGAGAAACGGCUGGAUGAUAGCUUGCUAUAUUUACGAGAUGCUCUUCCUGAAUAUAGCACUUUUGAUGUGAAUAUGAAGCCAGUAGCACAAGAGCCUAGCCAAGAAGUUCCUGUUAAUAAGCUGAAAGUAAAAAUGAAGCCCAAGCCCUGGUCCAAACGCUGGGAACGUCCAAAUUUUAAUCUUAAAGGAAUCAGAUUUGAUCUUUGUUUAACUGAAGAACAAAUGAAAGAAGCUCAGAAGUGGAGUAAGCCUUGGCUUGAGUUUGAUAUGAUGAGGGAAUAUGAUACUUCAAAAAUUGAAGCUGCAAUAUGGGAUGAAAUUGAAGCAUCGAAAAAGUCCUGAGAAUGAAUUUGAUUAUUUGCAGAGGAUAUAUUGACUCUCAGAGGAUUUAUUUUGAGGCCAAUUUAAUUUCAUUUAUAAGAACAUAAUCAUUAAAUGAAUAAAUAUUCAUUGUUUUAUUAGUA